AUGGGAGAUGCAAGUGUUACCAAUGACACCGGGGGUUCUGCCAGGGUGGCUGGGGUGGAAGUGAUUCAUAUAGAGGCUGCUUGGCUGUUUAGGUGGUGGAGCGUGUUCAAUUUGUCUUUUCACCUUUUGAAGGAGUUCUUGAUAGAGUUGGAGAUGGCUAAACCUGUUAUUGGUACUCUUACGUACAUGUGUACUUUUCUUGCCAUGACGAGGACUCAUGAGGAUGCAGCUGAUGAGGUAGCUGAAAGUAUUGUUCAGUUUGUGUCCUUAUUACCUAAAUCUGUCAGAAAAGUUGAGAAAGAGGUUAUACCAGAGCAUAUUCAGAAGAUGUUUGAUGAAGCAAAAAGCAGUGAUCAUCACCAUCACCAUCACCAUCAUCAUGGUCAUGAUGAUGGCCAUGACCACCAUGAUAGUCAUGCUCAUGGUGCCGGUUACAUGGAUGCUUACGGGCUUGGUCAUGGAUGCGAUGAAGACCAGAACGGCAACAAUGGCCGAAAUCUGAACUCCGUCGCCUCCAACCACGACCUCGUCGCCAUUUCCUUCAAGGCGCAUUGGAAGCUGAAGCACGUCGUCGGAAAGCCUGUCUCCGGGAGCUUCUGGAGGGACAGUGGGAUCAGCAAGUUCGCCAUUUCGCAUCGCCUUGUGAGGGGGGACAGCCUUGCCAGUCUCGCUGUCAAGUACUCUGUUCAGCAGGUUAUGGAGAUAAAACGUUUGAACAACAUGAUGAGUGACCAUGGCAUAUACUCAAGGGAGAGGUUGUUAAUCCCUAUAAGCAAUCCUGACAUUCUUGUAAAUGGGACAUGCUACAUGGAGCUAGAUAGCUAUGCGAAAAGGGAAGUGGCAGUGUUGUAUCUUGAAGGUGGUCCUGAUGGAAAGUCUAGCCAUUUGCUGAAGAAGAUGACUUCUGAACAAGGGAAGAGGAAGGUUCUUGAUUCGUUGAAGAGAAGCAUGCAAGUUGAUGAUGGGACUGCCCAAUAUUACUUGUCUAUUUCUAAUGGCAAUCCUCGGGCUGCACUCUCUAAAUUUUCCGAGGACCUUAAAUGGGAGAGGCAAGGGGGCUUGGCCUAGUUUCUCGAAUAUUGUCCAGCUCUGCUACUUGGGGAUUGGGAAGCACAUUAUAAAUGAUGAAGAUUGGCCAAGACAUGAUGGAUAUUGCUCUCCGUGUUUAUGUUCUUUAGCUUCUUUAGAAAGUUUACUACUGCUAAUCCGUCCUCAGUUGAUCGUUCUCCUCUCUAAAGCACAGGGGAAUCGAGUCUUCUUCAUUUCAUCCUGGGUACCCUUUCGAUGAUGUAAGUUAACGACGGUUAACAAAAUAUGAGAUUUUGUCUUAUAAUGAUACGUGUUUAAUUUGUGUAUGAUUCUGCCUACUGAAUGUGUAUAGCAGUGAUUGUAUUUAUAAUUGUAUAACGUGAUCUCCUUUACAAGUGGAUUUACAUGAUUCAAUUUACAGAUGACUUUAUGUUUGAA